GGGAGCGGCUGGGGGCUGGCGGGAGCCCACAGCAUCCGCUGAGGCCCAGCCCUGGGCCGUCCCCGGGACUCCAGGCCUAGCAUGGUUCAGGAGCCCAUGGGAAACUGUGCCAAGCGGCCCCGACACUGGGGGCCUAAGGACCGCUGGCAGUGGCCCGGCUCCCCCCCAGGGGGCUCCCACCACAGCCCCGGCCCCGGCCCCAGCCCUGAGGAGCAGGGGGGCCCCGGGCCGGGGGUCCAGGGCUAUUCGGUGCUCAACAGCCUGGUGGGCCCUGCCUGCAUCUUCCUGCGGCCCAGCAUCGCCGUCACCCAGCUCGACCGGGAGCUGCGGCCAGAGGAGAUUGAAGAGCUGCAGGCCGCCUUCCAGGAGUUUGACCGAGACCAGGAUGGCUAUAUCGGCUACCGGGAGCUGGGUGCCUGCAUGCGGACACUGGGCUACAUGCCCACCGAGAUGGAGCUCAUCGAGAUUUCACAGCAAAUCAGUGGUGGGAAGGUGGACUUUGAAGACUUUGUGGAGCUGAUGGGCCCCAAGCUGCUGGCAGAGACGGCAGACAUGAUCGGCGUCCGGGAGCUGCGAGAUGCCUUCCGGGAGUUCGACACCAACGGGGACGGCUGCAUCAGCUUGGCUGAGCUCCGGGCGGCCCUCAAGGCCCUGCUAGGGGAGCGCCUCAGCCAGCGGGAGGUGGACGAGAUCCUCCAAGACAUUGACCUCAAUGGCGACGGCCUGGUCGACUUUGAAGAGUUUGUGCGAAUGAUGUCUCGCUGAGCCUGCACAGAAGCUGGAGGCAGCAGACAGGACUUAGGAUCACAGCCACUGCCUGCCAGUGUGUCCCUGGAAGCCCAUUGCCUCUGGCUGGGACCCUCCUCUCCUCCUCCCCACCCCCUGCCUGUGUGCAAUGCCCUUGCCUGCCCUCACCCCACCCCCACUCCUCCACCAAGCCCCCUAGCCCAUCUCUGU